CAAUUAUCCAAGAUGGCUGCGCACAGGACCAGAUGACCAAUGUCAAAAUAAUUCGACGUUUUUAUGAAAACAGAUAACAAAAUGCUGAGGCAGAUCGUGAAGAGUGCAUUUCUGUUAGCGUCUUCAGCAGUGGCUGUACCAUAUACAGUGGCACUCUUAUGCAAUGUUCUGUAUGGAUGGCCACAGUCUCGGGACAAGUACAAACGAGCAUUCCAUCCAAGGAAAGUGUAUGCUCUUAACUAUGCUGUGUUGCAGAGACUGCUCCGAUUUAAAUAUGCCCCAUUGUACUUCAGAUGGAAAUUUUUCUACAGCAAUGCCGAUCGCUCUAUUCUUGCUAAGGAUUUGUCUUAUGGACGCAAUGACCGGACAUUAGAUGUGUAUUCCCCGUUUCCUCACAAUCCCGCUGAGUUGCGACCUGUGGUGAUCUUCGUGUACGGUGGGGCAUGGGGAGCUGGGGACAAGAGCAUGUACGGGCUGCUGUGUAUGCAGAUUGCAUCCAAACUGGGGGUGAUUGUCUGCUGUAUCAACUACUCACUGUAUCCACAGGGCUAUGUGGAUGAUAUGGUGCAGGACGUGGUGGACGCCAUCAACUGGGUACACGAGAACAUCCACACAUAUGGAGGUAAUAAGGAUCAAAUAAUGCUGAUUGGCCACUCAUCAGGGGCCCAUCUCUCGGCCAUGGCAAUUCUGGAAUUGUUACAUGAUGAACGCAUACAGAUCCAGCCCUUCAAGGGGAGGCAACUCCAGUUUGACGACCAACACUACACAGGAUCAAACAACAACAGUAACGGGGAGGAGCAGGAAGGCCAGGAGGGGAGCUCAGGGUCCUCCGAGAGUUUUGCCCUCCUAAGUGAAAAUGGUGAACAGCAGAAUAGUGAAGUUAAUAAUGGGGCAACAAGUACAUUUGAAGUCCUCAAUGGACAGCAAGGAGGGAAAGAAUCCACUAUGGCCAGCAGUGAGACCAGACCAUGUGAUGACAGUAUGGAUGUGAUUCCUAGUCCUACAGAGGAAAGUGCUGAGGAUGUUGUCGUGGCUGAAGGAGGAGGUGGGGAGGAGGAGGAAGAUGAGGACAGUGGGGAUGAUGACUCAGUUGUUACUGUUCGACCAAAGGAUAUUGAGAGACAUGCUACCUUGGUGGAUCUGUGCAAGUCAGUUAAAGCAUUUGUAGGUUUAGCUGGAGUCUACAACAUCGCCGACCACUACAUUCAUGAGUACGGGCGGGGUGUCGAGGACAUCUCCAGCAUGGGGCGGGCAAUGUAUGGGGAGGAUCACUUUGAGAGAUUUUCACCCACAGUCAUUAUUAAAAACCUGGGCAGGAGUAUCAGCCUACCAAAGAUGGUGCUUGUCCAUGGAACGGAAGACAUUGUGGUUCCAUUGUCAUCAACAACCAGAUUCAGUGAUGCUCUAAGUGACAUUUUCUCGGACGUGACAGUGCGAGUGUUGCCAGGCUGCGACCACUUUGAUGUCAUGAUUGACCUCAUGAUGCCAGAGCGCCGGUUCUAUGACUCUGUAAUGGGGAUUCUCAUGGAAACAUGCAAGAAAGUGUUUUGAUGGCAAGAUUGGCAUAGCUUCUGUUUGUUGGAGAUGGCCAGACGCUCUAACCUGGCCAGCGCUUGAACAAGUCAAUAUGUUAUUUUUUAAUGAAAUUUAAUCUAAUCACACAUGUUAUCAGCACUGUUUCGGCUUGGUUGAAUUUCAUGGUUAGAUGAGUUGUUUUCUGUUAUUAUUUUUCAGGCAAAACUGCUUUGAAAUUGAAUCUGGUACAAAGUGUGUUUGUAGUACUGUUUUCUUGUUGAUCAUGUAUUGAUAUAUCAGGUAAUAUAUAUUAUAUUUUUUGUUGUUUAAUUAUUGAAUAAUUUGAGGUUGAAAAUUGGUUAUAUGGGUAAUUUUUUUUGUAGGUAGAGUAUUAAUUAAAACAAUUUUUCCAUAAAUAUACCUAUUAUUUGCAAACAAUACCGUAUAUAUCUUUGAAUGUGAUUUGCAACAUUCAUGGAACGAAUAGUGAUUCAUCGUUAUGUUAGCAGCAUUUAGCCAUGGAAUAAUCAAUAUUCCUGUCUGUGAAAUUUCAUAUGAUUCUAACUGCUACCAAAGAUGUGCCAUGGGGCACUCUAUCCUUUCAAAGGGGCCUCCAUUCUGUAGAAAAGGAGAUAAUGCAGCCCCUUCAUCGCACAUCGUUUGACUCCCAGGCAUCACAUUUCAGUGUUUUCUACAAUUAUUACUCCCCAAGGUGUGUCUCCCCAUUCCUUUUCCUUACCUUGACGUUUAAUUACACUAACACCUGGAUUGAUUUCCAUGUUUUUUACGAUGAUUACUACCCACUGUCCAUCUUUUCCCCCAACCCCCUAAGCCCACCUGAUGACAUUUAUGAGAAAUUCAGCAUUCCUUUUCCUUAUCUUGACAUUUGAUUGGUUGGUGAAAUGUUAAUAAAAAUCAGUACCACAGGAAGGGAAAGUGUUCGGUCGUCACGCCAAAGACCCGGGUUCGAUUCCCAACAUGGGUACAAUGUGUGAAGCCCAUUUCUGGUGUCCCCUGCCGGAAUAUUGCUAAAAGCGGCCUAAAACUAAAUUCACUCACUCACUCUUAUAAAAAAAAAGAAGAAUUGAUCUAAUUCAUUUAUUUUCAAAAGGUACCUUUAAUUUUUAUCAUUCUUGUCUUAUUUACUUUCCGUCGGACACCAACAUGCUUGAGUUAGAUUUUCCUGUCUGUCUAGUAAAUUUGUACAACAGAAAAUAAAUAUUGAUCUGGCGUCACAGAACAAUGAAAUCCUUCAUAUUACAUAUGUACUACAGUAUUCAUAUUACUGUAGUGUUGUGACAGAAGAAUGUGUUCUCAUCUUCAGUUGAGUAGUAUUUUAAAAAGUAGUGUCUGUGUGUACUGUGAAUGAUCAUGAAUCAUCAUGCAAAACGCCUGACAAGGUAACUUUAUUCAUUUUGUUUUGAGUUUUUCUUGUCGAGAAUGAAUUGUGCAAUUUUUUAUUACAAUGUUUAUGUUGUUACAUUUGGGCCGAAACAAAGAGGGAACGUCUAAAUGAACCUUGGAUGAUGUUCUUGUAAACUGUUGUACUUAACGUCCAUGAAUACACCGGAUAUAUAGUUCACAAGUAAAAUACUUCGCACUUCAUAUAGUCAUUUCAUUGAUAAAAA